UGCACAGACCCAGUUUCCUGGCUUAGUGGGGUACGCUUAGAGCAAAAAAGGAAAAAUCUUUGCUCUCCGCUCCGCAGAUCGGUCAGUAGUCUCAAGCGCAGCGAUCGGCGAGCUUCUUCCUGGCUGUUCAAAUCAAAUAUUCAUAAGAAUAACCUCGCGAUCGUGCAACGCCGUUAUCGAUGCACCGUUGACAAUUGCUUUCCCGGGAUACCGUGGAUCAGUGUUACCGGAAGUGGGGAGGCGGAAGCGACGAGUGCAUGGAAUUAAUCGAGACGAGCGAUUCUGUCGGUAACGGUCUCCGAUAUCCAGACUUUGCGCUCGAUAGGCGAGGGACAAUUGAUCUAAUAGCAAUGGGAAACGCGGCGAGAGAUCCGGACGCUUCUCGGCUCUGAUCCAUUGAUCCGCACUUUUGGACUGGAGUCUGUUGAUCUUAGAUCGUAGGUUUAUCGAACUCGAAGCUAUGAACGGACCGGAAACGCUGGCUUGGUGGCUCUGUUUCGCGAUCGCGGUCAACGAAUUCGCCGUAGCCGAUCAGGAUGAAAAGGACGUCGCGGAUUCGAACGGGACCCUGCAAUUCGAUAUAUCCCGAGGGAUCGAGUUCCAUCUCGCGAACAACGAGACCGCUGUCGUCGUACGAAUGUCUGCUCUGCUGGCAGACGACGAGAGCGAACAAAGGGCCGGAGGAAGAUUGAAGUUCAAAGGACUUUUGAACAAGAUCGGAUCCACGAUGAUGAUGGUCCCUUUUCUUAUCCAGAUGAUAUCGUUGCCCGGCACUCUCGCCUCGAUCAAGUUCAGCCUGCUGCGGAGCAUCGUCGUGGGAAAGCUGGCGAUGCUGAUCAUUCUCUACAACGUGUUGAAGAACUCGCAAAGAUCGGAGGUGGUCGUGGUCCAUAAACCCGAAUACCACGAGCACUAUUAUCACAGUUAUCAUCAGCCGGAAGACGACGACGAGGGUUGGCUGGGUAGAUGAAACGGCGUCUUCCGUUAGAAACUGUCACUUAACGAACCGAUCUAUCCGUAUACCUUUCCUCCGAUCGACUGCGAGGCGUGUCGUUACGCGAUUCGUCCGGCAACGAGCACCGAUUUUUCUACGAUCUGUAACCGCGCCACGGAAAUAUACGGUUUAUCAACGGUGUUACGAUGCUCCACGUAAUAAUCGACGAAACGAAACGACGCGGUUCCCGCGAGCGAUGCUACACGCGGAGAUCAUCGGCGGCGGGACAUUCGGUGACCCACUUUCGGCCCCGGCGUAACGGCAUUUCGGUCCAGAUUCUGCGGCGAUCGUCGACGUGCCGGUUUCCCUUUUCUCAGCCGUUCGAUUCAACGUCGAAAUCGAAAUUUGUAUAACGCGGAGUCGAUUUCGUUGGACCGUCCGCCGGAAUUAAUUAAGAGAUCCGCCGAGAUCGCUGUCGCGGCGAGCAGGAAAAUCCGUGUUUUCCGUCGCGAACUAAGCGGUCGAACGAGUCGUGGUAAAAAAGAAAAAAGGGAAAACGUGAAUCGGUGGUUUUCGAGGGAAACGACGCAGUCGAGCGCGCGAUCGUUACUGGCGGAUUUGGAUCGGUGUUAGGAACACGCGAGGGAAGUCCGCCGACAGUGGCUUGUUGUUCGAGGCCUCGAUAUUUGCGAUGCGUUUACGUGCCAGAAACCCACCUGCCACUGUACAUCGCGUAUCGCGUUAGUAUGCCGACCGCCAUCGAUCCUGUAUCGACAGCUCUCCCCAUGACGGUCGGUAUCGGCGUGCCGUUUUCUAAACUAUAAAAUGCACGAUGCGCGCCGCAUACCUGGCGAAUCGAGCCUAAUCUUUGUAUGCCUUAGAUCGCGAGGCAAGGCCGACGUGCAAGCAUUCCGCUUUUACAGAAAUCGAUUAAUCGCCGCGUUUUCAAUUAACUCGGCCUCUCGUCAUCGGCGAGGCGGCAUUGUUCUUCCCGAUGUUCCUUCGAUAACGUAGAAUCGUAUCGUUAACAAUGUUAAUCGACAGCGUUUAAUAUUUCUGUGGAACGAGCAGUUCCCUUCACCAGAGAUACAUCCACUCUUCAGAAAUAACGCUGACCUUAUGGACACCGAUUCCUCUGUCAGAUUACCUCAGACUUAAGCCAACUGCUCGUCGAUGUAUUACGAGAUCCUGAGAAAAAUCUCUGGGACACGGUGCGUUUAAUAACUCGGAUAUUACAAUUGACAGCUGAAUGGGGAAUCAUUGUAACGAUGGCAACGCUUCGAUGCAUAAAGAAUUUAUAAAAAUGAUA